AGGGCUCACGAGGCUUCCAACCAGCCUCAACUCUGUCUUUGCUUGCGGCUGCGCCGUUGCAGAGUCUCAGCUUCAGCCUCGUGCUUACCUACCAGCUCCUUGCGCGACCCCCUUUAACCCACUCCCUCAGCUUGCACCCUGUUCCGUUCCCUGGAGAACGACGGGCCUGCCUUUGGCAACAAUUCCAAUUCCAAACCUCACCAGACUCUCCUUUACCUCCUUAAGCAGCUGCCCACCAUGGUGUCGUUUUGGCCGUUCAAGAGCGACGACUCCUCGCCGGCGUCCUUCGAAAAGGCGCUCUCGACCCUCUCGAAGAAGAUUACAACCACCCAGACUCGCCUGGAAUGGACUCGCAUGCGGUCUCGCAAGAUCAAGGUGCUGGGAACCCUCUACACUUCCUUCGCCUACCUCGUCAGCGCUAUUGUCCUUCUCCUAGUUGUGGGAUAUCCCAAUCUAGGGCCCUGGGAAUGGACCGGCUUGGCUGGCGGGCCUGUCUUCAUAUAUACAACGCGCGUCGUCAUCACGAGCUACUACAACUUCCGCAUCGAGAGCCUCGAAGCCAAACUCAAGGCGCUACAAGAAGAGCGCGGCAAGACGAUCCAGAAGCUCAAGGAUGCGACAAAGUACGACUCCACCAUGGAGCUGAUCGAGAAAUACGGCGGCCCCGACGGCAGACCACGAAGCAGGCAGCAGGAGGCCCCCGAGGAGCCAUCUGAUGCGAAAAAGACGCAGCAACAGGGAUCUUGGACUAUGCCAGAACGCAUUCACAUCUCCCCUCCCCCGACAGCCAAUAUCCCCCGACGAGAAUUCUCGCCCGCCUCCCUCGCUCCCAGCAGCCGACCCGUCACGCCCCUCGCCCAGAGCGUCGCCUCUUUCGAUACCUCAGCUGAAUUCGCGCCCAAUGCCUUUGGCAAUGCUCUUCCUCCUCCUCGACCCCAAUCGGCGCAGAGCCAGCUGUACAGCAUCCCACCACCACAGCCCCCCUCCGAGCCUCAUUGGUACGAUCGCAUCUUUGACGUCCUCCUGGGCGAAGACGAAACCGCCGCCAAGAACCGCAUCGUGCUCAUCUGCCGCACUUGCCGCGUGGUAAAUGGACAGGCACCCCCGGGCACCAAGAGCCUAGGUGAGCUGGGCAUGUGGAAGUGCAUGGCUUGCGGGACGCCCAACGGCGAAAUGGAUGAAGGGAAGCGCAUCGUAAGAGAAGUCCUCAAAUCACACGAGAAAGACAAGGAUGCGAGCUCGAGCAAAGAGCCAACAACGCCGGAGACUGACGAUGGUGACCUUCAAGCCGAGGACGCAAGCCGGGAAGACGAGCCCUCGAAGACCGACGGGCCAGCUGCUGCAGUCAAGACCAGGAGAUCAGCGAGAAGUAAGAAGUAAGUGGCUUCGGAUGACUCUGCAACGGGGUAGGCGUAUCGGUUUUUUGCAGGCCACAAGAAAGGCCUAGGUUCCUGG